AAGACUCCACUCCAGGGCUUUGUGCUCACCAGCGAUAGCAUCAGUGGUAGGAGGGGACAGAGAGACUCCGGCAGGCUGAGACGGAGCAGUCAGAGCUUUUCUGCAGGUGAAGCCCCGCUCGGCCCAGGCACCAGCCCGCGGGCUUCUGGGGGACUUACAGCCCAGGCUGCGGAGUCCAGUAAGAUGUGCCAUGGGCAGCCUCCCCUCGCCCCGGCCUGCCAGCUCCGCCUAGACCCCGGGCACCGCCAGGACACCCAGCUCGCCCUCAAGUCGUAGGGUCGCGAGGGGACCCCCCACGCUCCACUUGCCGGGAGGCGUUUUCCCCCAACGAUGCCCCAUUUCUGGCUCGCUCUGCGGAGUGUGCUUGUGGAAUACUGGGUCGGGCUCCUGGUGGGCAGUUUUUGGAUGCAGUCUUCGCAUGGGAUGCCCCAUGUCAUCCGGAUAGGAGGAAUUUUCGAGUAUGCAGAUGGCCCCAACGCCCAGGUUAUGAGUGCCGAGGAGCAAGCCUUUAGAUUUUCUGCCAAUAUUAUCAAUAGAAAUAGAACUUUGUUGCCUAACACAACAUUAACCUAUGACAUUCAGAGGAUACACUUCCACGACAGCUUUGAAGCCACUAAGAAAGCCUGUGACCAGCUCGCCCUGGGGGUUGUAGCAAUAUUCGGGCCUUCUCAAGGCUCCUGCACCAAUGCUGUUCAGUCUAUUUGCAAUGCACUGGAAGUCCCCCAUAUACAACUUCGGUGGAAGCAUCACCCUUUGGAUAACAAGGACACUUUCUAUGUCAACCUUUACCCCGACUAUGCUUCUCUCAGCCAGGCCAUUCUGGACCUUGUACAGUAUUUGAAAUGGAGGUCAGCUACCGUUGUUUAUGAUGACAGUACAGGCCUGAUACGGCUGCAGGAGCUUAUCAUGGCCCCAUCAAGGUACAACAUCCGGCUGAAGAUCCGCCAGCUGCCCAUCGACACGGAGGAUGCCAGGCCCCUGCUGAAGGAGAUGAAGAGAGGCCGGGAAUUCCGCAUCAUCUUCGACUGCAACCACUUGAUGGCAGCUCAGAUUCUCAAACAGGCUAUGGCAAUGGGAAUGAUGACGGAAUACUACCACUUCAUCUUCACUACUCUGGAUCUUUAUGCACUAGACCUAGAGCCAUACCGCUACUCUGGAGUGAACCUGACUGGCUUCCGGAUCCUCAACGUGGAGAACCCUCACGUGUCUGCCAUCACUGAGAAAUGGUCCAUGGAGCGGCUGCAGGCCGCGCCCAGGGCGGAGUCGGGCCUGCUCGACGGGGUCAUGAUGACAGAUGCUGCCCUGUUGUACGACGCAGUUCACAUCGUCUCAGUGUGCUACCAGCGAGCCCCACAGAUGACUGUUAACUCCCUGCAGUGCCAUCGACACAAAGCCUGGAGGUUCGGGGGCCGCUUUAUGAAUUUUAUAAAAGAGGCCCAAUGGGAAGGAUUAACUGGGCGUAUUGUCUUCAACAAAACCAGUGGAUUAAGGACAGAUUUUGACUUGGACAUCAUCAGCCUCAAAGAAGAUGGUCUCGAAAAGGUUGGAGUGUGGAACCCUUCUGAUGGUUUGAACAUCACGGAAAUUUCCAAGGGGCGAGGACCCAACGUCACAGACUCACUAACCAACAGAUCUCUUAUUGUCACCACUGUCCUGGAAGAGCCCUUCGUCAUGUUUCGGAAGUCAGACACAGCCCUCUUCGGGAACGACCGCUUUGAAGGUUACUGCAUUGACCUUCUGAAGGAGCUAUCACACAUCCUGGGCUUUACCUAUGAUAUCCGGCUGGUGGAGGACGGGAAGUAUGGCGCACAGGAUGAGAAGGGGCAGUGGAAUGGCAUGAUGAAGGAACUCAUUGACCAUAAAGCUGAUCUGGCCGUUGCUCCUCUCACGAUCACCCACGUCCGGGAGAAAGCGAUAGACUUCUCCAAGCCUUUCAUGACAUUGGGGGUCAGCAUUCUGUACCGGAAGCCCAACGGGACCAAUCCCAGUGUGUUUUCCUUCCUCAACCCCUUGUCUCCUGACAUUUGGAUGUACAUUCUCCUCGCCUACUUGGGGGUCAGCUGUGUGCUGUUUGUCAUAGCCAGGUUCAGCCCGUACGAGUGGUAUGACGCUCACCCCUGCAACCCGGGCUCAGACAUCGUGGAGAAUAACUUCACCCUGCUCAACAGCUUCUGGUUUGGAAUGGGAGCACUAAUGCAGCAAGGGUCUGAGCUGAUGCCCAAAGCUCUGUCUACACGGAUCAUUGGCGGCAUCUGGUGGUUCUUCACGCUCAUCAUCAUCUCGUCCUACACAGCCAACCUUGCUGCCUUCCUGAUUGUGGAGAGAAUGGAAUCCCCCAUCGACUCGGCAGAUGAUCUGGCAAAGCAAACAAAAAUAGAGUAUGGAGCUGUGAAGGAUGGAGCUACCAUGACCUUCUUCAAGAAAUCCAAAAUUUCCACCUUCGAAAAGAUGUGGGCGUUCAUGAGCAGCAAGCCAUCAGCACUCGUUAAAAAUAACGAGGAAGGAAUCCAGCGAGCCCUCACUGCAGAAUACGCCCUCCUAAUGGAGUCCACCACUAUUGAAUAUAUCACACAAAGGAACUGCAACCUAACCCAGAUUGGGGGGCUGAUUGACUCCAAAGGCUAUGGGAUUGGAACUCCCAUGGGUUCACCGUACCGGGAUAAGAUCACCAUCGCUAUCCUCCAGCUCCAAGAGGAAGACAAGCUGCACAUAAUGAAAGAGAAAUGGUGGCGGGGGAAUGGCUGCCCUGAGGAGGAGAGCAAAGAGGCCAGCGCACUGGGGAUACAGAACAUUGGUGGGAUUUUCAUUGUCCUAGCAGCAGGCUUGGUGCUGUCGGUCUUCGUGGCGAUGAUCGAGUUCGUCUACAAGCUGCGCAAAACAGCGGAGCGUGAGCAGGUAUCGGCACCUAACAAAAUCCUUUGCCUCCACUCUUCCCCAGCGCUCCUUCUGCAGUGCCAUGGCCGACGAGAUCCGGCUGUCGCUCACCUGCCAGCGGAGGGUCAAACACAAAGCCCAGCCACCCAUCAUGGUGAAGACGGACGCUGUGAUCAACAUGCACACGUUCAACGACCGACGGCUACCAGGGAAGGACAGCAUGACGUGCAAUACUGGGCUGACGCCCGUAUUUCCAUAGGGAACCGGGGUUGGGGCGGAGGGAGGGACUUGCUGGAGAUGGGAUCGGAUGCUCUCUCCAUUAGGGAGGAAGGAAUAAAAUCCUGGUUUGGUUCAGUUUCAAGAACAAGGCCUUUAACACAACUCCAUCGGUCGCCGGAACAGGAACAGGAACUUCAAAGCAUGGACUGUAACCUGGUUUUAUUUUUUAAAAAAGGCCUAGAUCCUAUAGGCCUCAUGGAGUCCAAACACACUACACAUCCAGGAGUCUGAUGUUUACAUAUUGAAUACACAUGGAGGCAAGCGAGAAUCAAGCCGGACUGACCUUCAGUGGAUAACGAGGAGCCCCCCGAAACCCCAGGCUUCCUUUAGCAUGGCAAUAAAAAAGAAACAUUUUGUGAGUACAGUACAGAUGUGGAGUGAAUGACAGUCCAUGUGAGCAUCUAUUCCGAACUGACGUACACAGCACAUUUAGGAUAGAAUGACCGGGAAGGGGAAUAAAUAUAAAUAAAUAAAACGAUUGUCAAAGCUGCUGCCUUCUCUCGAAGCAGUCCACCAUGACCUUUUACCUCAAUGCUUUGCUGGCUUAUUGUCGCCGAGAGCGCAAAGUCCACGUGUGCGUGUGAUGCAAAAAGGCACAUGGAAAUACAUCGGAGUCAGACAGCUGGCUAAGAAGGGGCAAGUGAUCUUUAAUGGACCCCCAGACACAGGGCAUAGGAUUAGGGUCAUGCACCAGAAACUGCUGCCAUCUGAAAACACAAAACAAAAUCCUUCUGUGCCAAUUCCCCCUGCAAUGCCAGGGUGGGAUUGUGAUCUUCAGGUCACCAGCUACUUCACAGCCUGUGGGAAGGUCAUGUUCCUCUUAGAAAAAUCUAUGGACUACAGCAUUAAGAUGAAGGGAAAGUGAGGGAACUGUUUCUGGGAAGCUAAUGGGUAAGUCUACACUGCAAUGUAAGCCCAGGAUUUAUAGAAUUCAAGUUUGUUAACCUAGGGCUUGAGUG